GCCAACACAACUAACAAAGAGUGGGCUGAAAAGACGCGAAACAAAAUCAAAAGCCAAAAAAGAAAUGCUAAAUUAACGUUAAAAGCGAAGUGACAGAUUUAUUGUAACGUUUUCUGUAAGGUGAACGCUUCCACAGUCAUCAACAACAGCAUCUUAAAGGACGGAAAAAAAAUUAACACCAAGCAAAGGCAAGGCUGAUGUUCUCAAGAUCGUUAAAGUAGCGCACCGCUAUCUUUCUUUAAGGCACCUGCCUUAUUUAUAUAGUCAAAAUAUAUUAUCUCAAAAUUAAUAAUAUUAAUCCGUCUCCGAUUUGGCAAUAGGUGUGAGGAACAAGUGCAUAUGAAUAAGCCUCAUAUGUAAAAAAAAAAAUCAGAUUUCUUUCUGUUCAAUUAAAACAAUGUAUACAGUACGUCAGAAUUCAAGUGUGUACAGCUGGAUGCUCUGAAAGCAACGUCUCCGUAAUGUAACUUGGAAGAGAACAGAGCUCGGUGACCUCACACACAGAUUCUUUGGAACUGGGAAGAAGGUUGCACAUUACUGGAUUUGUUCAUUCUCCUCCUCGUUAUAAUUGCUGUUCUCGUUAUCAUCUGAUUUUCGCAGCUACGUGGGAUAAAGUAUUUUGUGCUGUUCUCAGAUUCACUUUGUUAAAAGAGCGCUCCAGUCAUUUCAUUUCAUCAUCAUUGGAGAUGAUGACCUACCUUACUGUGGUCAUUGGCUGUUUCACCUUUCGACCAGUUUCAUUUCCUUUAAAUCACAGAGACUAACUUUUGUGUGGAUACAUUCAACCUGGAAGUUAAGUCAAACAGCUUAUUCCUAAAACGUUGAUUUCGAAUUCGUUCGCACCUUUCCCAACGCGUUGAAGGAGACACGGAUAAUUACUCGCCGAUGUUGGAAUUAUUAGAGGGGAGAAGAUUUAAAAGCUUAAUACGGAAAAGUGUUACGGUGUGUGGACAAAUUAAGGUUUCCAUAAACAGUUUUUCUUUCACGGACGACGGUAACAUGGAGAAGAGCUCAGUCAGCUACAAAACCAUGGGAUAGAGAACAUUAUCCCUUCUAUAUGGAAAAGUGCAGGGUCAGAGUGAUAACCCAAUCCGAAUAAAAAAUAAAAAGUAAGAUGUAUUUUACUGUUACUAUUAAUGACGAUUAUGAUAAGUGGGCAGUAAGUGCAGUUGGAGUUAUGAGGUGAUUUCUGCUUCCAGAGGUGAAAGGAUGGAUUUUAACAUCACCACCGUCAUCGACAGCGAUAUUUCAGAGAGAGACUCGUCUGCUCGAGUCUUGACAGGCUGUUUCCUGUCUCUGCUCAUACUGUCAACUCUGUUGGGAAACACACUGGUCUGUGCGGCUGUUACCAAGUUUCGUCAUCUGAGGUCCAAAGUCACAAACUUUUUUGUGAUAUCCCUGGCUGUAUCAGAUCUGCUUGUGGCAAUUUUGGUGAUGCCUUGGAAAGCCAUUACAGAGAUCGCUGGUUUUUGGCCCUUUGGCUCAUUUUGCAAUAUUUGGGUGGCUUUUGAUAUUAUGUGCUCCACAGCCUCCAUUUUGAACUUGUGUAUCAUCAGUGUGGACAGGUAUUGGGCUAUAUCAAGCCCCUUCAGGUACGAGAGAAAGAUGACCCCCAAAGUGGCGUUCAUUAUGAUAAGUGUAGCAUGGACACUGUCGGUGCUCAUCUCUUUCAUCCCUGUACAGCUCAAUUGGCACAAGGCUCAAACAACGAGCUUUUCUGAACCAAAUGUCAGCUAUAGGGGACUGCCGCUGGACAACUGUGACUCUAGCCUGAACAGAACAUAUGCCAUCUCUUCUUCCUUGAUCAGCUUUUACAUUCCCGUUGCCAUCAUGAUAGUCACUUACACUCGGAUUUAUAGAAUUGCCCAGAAGCAGAUCAGGAGGAUUUCCGCCUUGGAGAGAGCAGCAGAAAGUGCCAAGAACCGUCACAGCAGCAUGGGAAACAGCUCCAGCAUGGAGACCGAAAGCUCGUUCAAGAUGUCCUUCAAAAGAGAAACCAAAGUUUUGAAAACUCUGUCAGUGAUAAUGGGGGUCUUUGUGUGCUGUUGGUUGCCAUUCUUCAUUCUGAACUGCAUGGUGCCCUUCUGUGAACACACCUUGCCAAGCGGCAAUGAUUUUCCUUGCAUAAGUUCCACCACCUUUGAUGUCUUUGUCUGGUUUGGAUGGGCCAAUUCCUCACUCAACCCUAUCAUUUAUGCCUUUAAUGCAGACUUUCGCAGAGCUUUCUCUAUUCUCCUGGGAUGCAACAGACUUUGUCCCACCAGCAAUGCUAUCGAGACUGUCAGCAUCAACAACAAUGGAGCGCCUCCUCCUUCUUUCCAGUAUCAGCCAAAGGGAUACAUCCCCAAAGAGGGGAAUGUGACCUACCUGAUUCCUCAUUCCAUACUCUGCCAAGAGGAGGAAUCCCCCAAAAAGGAUGAAGAGGCUAUUGGAAUUAAGACACUGGAGAAACUGUCUCCUGCAGUGUCAGGUAACUUGGACAGUGAGGGAGAUGUUUGUUUGGAAAAGAUAAACCCUACAACUCAGAAUGGGCAGCACAAAACAUGAGCAAAACACAAAACCUGCAGAACGUCUUGAGAAAUACCUUAGCCUGUUGAACUGAACAACAAAAAUCUAACCCUUAAGUGACUUGAACAUUAACUAGAAUGAGUGCAGAUUUUACAAAAAAAAUUAACACUGAGGACCUUAAAACCCUGUGUAGUAAUCAAACUGAAAUUUAAAGAAUGUUCAAAAAGAAGGCACUUUAUUCUGAAAAACUAUCUGCAAAACACUUUAUAUGUCUGUUAAAAAUAAAUUGAAAGUUAAGACAACUAAUUAAAGAAAGUAAAACAUAAUUUUUAAAAUUAAUACAAACAUUCAACAAUGUGCAUGUGUAGAGUUACAGUAAUAAUAAGUGAAACUGGCUGACCAUGAAACAAGGGGUCACCCGGACAUAGCAAAUUAGCAAGCUAUUCAUGUCCUGUAGGUAGUUUAACAGUGCUUUAAAUAUAGAGUAUAUUUUAAAUACUUUUUUCCUACUUCUAGGUUAAAUGGUUUGGAAUAUUAUGAUGUGAAUUGCAGUAUGUACUUAAUAUUUAUUUUUGUAUUUAUUUUCAAUUAAAAUGAUUUCACACCAGGUUAUUGCUAGUUUGCUAACAUUACAGUACUUAGUAUUAGAAUGGACUUAUGGUAUACUGUACGUAAUUAAACCAUAACCUCUCCUAUGACCUUAUUCACCACAAAAGAGAUUAAGUACUUAGGUCUACACAUUUUUGCACAUUUUAAAUUUGAAUAUUUUCGUUAUUUUCUGUCUGAAUUUUCCAGAUCAUACUCGGAAAGUGAUUGCCGUUCAGAUUUAUUGUCAUUAUUAUUAUUUCGAUUUAUGUAUACUGUAUAGUGAACUGAUCCCAAAAUUCUUGUAACAAACUGUGUGCGAAAGCCUGUUUAUUUAGCACAGUACUUGAAAACAAAUAAUUUGUAAUGUAACCUGUGCUCUAAAUGGCUUUUGAGAGACUAAGGUAACUCACAUUAUCCAAGCAGAUAUACUGUAAAGUGCUAUCUUGGAGACAGCACUGAAAAUAACUACAGUCUUCUAUGGAACAGAGCUCCCUUUAUCUUAUGUGUUUCAGUGAAGAGUAAGACACCUACAUUUUAAAUCAAUCAAAGACAGCAAAAACAAAACAAAACCCCCCAGCUGUGACUUUCCUAGAGUAAGAUGUCACAGAAACAAAGAAAUCUCUUGAUGAAAAAUAGUAACACUUGUGCUCUCUGGUUUAUCACAGCAUAACUCACUGUUUUUCAAGCUUCACAUUUUGUAACUUCAUUACAGUGUGAAUAUGUGAACAAGAUGACAAUUAUUAACUCAGUCAUAAAUAAUGUAUCACCUAACAUACUUCAACUGAAAAUAUAUGACAGUUUUUUUCAGAUUAUGAUCAGCUACUGCUACUGUUAUCUUUAUUAAUUGAAUGUUAACAAAUAACGUAACUUACAAUGAUUUUGCUCUGGGUUUGUUAUGAAUUUGAUUCUUUGCUAGCAGACCCAUUCCAUUGUUACUGAAAUAGCUAUUUGCUAUUUGUUACGUUGUGUUUUUACGAGAUAGAGCAAAUCCAGUAAUACUUCAGUAUAUUGGGUACACAUUCAUGCACUGUAUAAACACCUCAUAACCUCUAAUACAUGUAGAACAUGAAUACUAAUACUGUAAGUGUCACUAACCUGGUAGUAAGUGGCCCUUACUAAUGAUAAAUGGCAUAGUUAUUAACUGAAGUCAAAUACUUAUCAUUUACAACAACCUUAUUUAGGACCCUUUCAUUGUUUACAACUGUGUUCAUCAUACACAUAUAAAGAAUGAUUUGCACCCCCUAAAACAAAGUACUUUAUUACCACAGCCUUUAUGGACAAUAUUGUUUGUGAUGAAAUUAACUUCAGUGCUGCAGGCAAUUAAGUGAAAAGAUUGAUUUUCUGUAAAAUCAGAUUAUUGUUUAGAAUAAACUCAUGAAGAGAAUGUGUGCUUUCGUAGCUUGUAAUUAUGAGACCUAAGAAAGAAAUAGGUACAUUUUGUAUUGUAGAAGUGAUGUUUGAAAUAUAGUAUCACAGAUGAGAAACUACAAUUCAAUAAUUUGCACAUUCAGAUAUCCUUACCUUUUUGUUUGACUGGUAAAAGGGGACUUCGGCUUGUAUAAAAGUACAUUCAAAAUAUAUAGUAAAUGUAUUAAUACAGAUUUUCAAUAUAAGUGAACCACACAUUUGUAGUAUAUAAUGUGAAUACUUUUUUUACAAUAUGCAUGGUUUGAUAAUGUAUUUGAAUUAUACUAUAUACUUUACAAAUUAUAACAUUUUAUGUACUGUAAAUUAACACCAUUACGUACUAUCAAAUUUUAGGGUAAGUUUCUUUUAGUGUCAAAAAAAAGUGAAGCGUAUACUUCCCUUAGCAACAGAAAAGAUUGUUUAAAAGGAAGUUCUCAUAAAAAUACAUAAUUCUGUAACAGUUCAUUAAAUUCCAAAGACCAUAUAAGAAAAAAAUGAUCCAUAUAUAUAUAAACCAUUUUCUUCUCAUUUCCAUCCCAAUCCUUUCAAAUUUGUAUAUCUAUAUACAGGUUAAUGCUUAAAAGUAACCUAUCUUGUGUCUCCUUUUGAAAUUGUAUAUUCUGUUGUCACACAAGGUUUGUACUUCUGGUGUCUUGGAUAAUGCGAGUUAAAAUAUAGAAAUCUCAUAAAGGCUUUUAUUUCAAGGAUGAUAUUAUAGACAUUCAGGCUUCAUCAUCAAAGUAUUAGAUGACUUAAUUCUCAAUGACAUCCCUACCUCAACCUUCAACAACAUAAUUGUGCUAUUGCAGAAAAAUAAGUAUUGUACAAUGUUGAAAUGUAGAAGUGAACGCAAGUGCUUUGCAACUGAAGAUUCAUAAAUUUGUGUAGCAAAUUAUAUGUCCUGUCUUAAGUGUUGGUUUGUUAAUAAGUCAGGGUAAUCAUUGCCUGAAGUACAUCUGGCAAGCUGUAACCAAUGGCAAAAGCAAAAUAUUACGACUUUUUUUCCCAAUUCACAAUUUGUGUCAGAGUUUUGGAGUCUCUUACUGUCUGCAGAAUAAAAGUAUAUGUUUAUUCCAGGUCAAUGCAUUGAAUAUUGUUCUUAAAUUUGCUCUUCAGUGUAUGCCCAGUUGUAUUUUGCUCAUUGCAGGAUACCACUUGUUUUAGGAGGAUCAAUGGCAAUGGAUUUCAGAUGGACAGUGCCAUCCUACAUCAGUCUAGCUAGUUCAUUUAACACUGAAAAAAAAACAAAACAGAUUUCAGAUAAAAAUCCAGAGCAAUUACAAUUAUUCAAGUUUAAAUACUGCUUCACCCAUGAAUUAUGUAGAAUAUUUAGUAAAUCUGUCAGUAAACAGGGCUGGUUUUAAGAUAACAGCCAAAUUGUAAAAGUUGAUGGUUCUAAAAUGUCUUAAAAUAAUUGCUAAACAAUGUGUGAAUAGUAAAGUAAACUUAGAAUGACUGCUGCAUUUAAAAAAAAACAUGUCUUUAGGAUUGGAUCAGUAAAAUAAAGUGCUUUAGCACUUCAGAUUUGAAUGAUAUGCCUUCAUUUGUAAAAAUAAAUACCAUGGCUUCUAUACAUGUGAGCUUUUUGUUCAAAACUGUGCAGGAAAAAGUUGGAACCAGCUGAAAAAAGGCUAUUUCAUUGGAACCCAUAAUGACAACUGCAGCUUGAAUAAUUAUGGCUUGAAUAUUUAAUGCUAGGAGUUUAUGAAGACAAAUGAUUCCUAACCACUGACACUCAAGCAGAAAGAAAGCAACAAUAUGGACCACAGAAUUGGAAUAAAAUAUGUUGGGAUGUCUUUGUCCUGCUUUAUUAGAGUUUUACCAUGUUUUUUAAAGUGCUGUUGGUUCCUUCUUUUGGAAGGUCAAGAUGCUUAAUUGCCUUUCAUUUUACACUAAUCAGAUUUUGUACAGUGUUUGACUUUAAUUACAUUGUAUUGUUAUAGCAAAAACAAGCAAAUCUGUUAUAUUAAUUUUAUUGAAAUAAAUAUUUGAGGUACAACAAAUUAUAAAAAUAAUAAAACUUUUAAGUAUGGAUAUUACAAGGUAGAAAGAGAAAGAUCUUUAUUUUUUUUAAAGGAUGUGCAUACAUAAACUCAUUGACAUUCUUAGAGAUUGUUUCCCUGCAUCUCUAUUUAGACUUGAGUUUUAUGUUGUCUACAGCUUUAUGCCAAGAACAUGCUUGAUCAUAAUAUUUGAAAAUGUAAAUAAGAUUAAACCUUACUUCAAAAGUGAUUCAGAAUUGAAAUUAACGUGAUGUUUCAUUUCUUUUAGUGACUACUUAGAAAGUUGUCCACCAGUACCUCUGUUGUCAGAGUACAACAGUAUGUUUUCUGUUUACUGUAGCUUUUGCAUUUCUUUUCAAAAACUGUCCGUUCAUCUUGGACGGUUUCUUUUGAGAGGAGUACUGUUUGUACCGAGAGAUACAGUACAUGAGAGCGUACAGAUAUGUGAAAGCCAUUUAGCUCAUUUAAUUUUAUUAGGUGUUGGUAAUUUGGUGAUCCAAGGUUCUGAGGCAGUCAUUACUAUAAAUAUCCAGAGAAUCAGCUUCAGUGACACAUUUCCAGAAACUUUUCCAGACAUCCAGCUCCCUCUUCGUAAACAAGUGCCACUUAUAGUCAACCUCAAGACUUAAGGUUCCUUUUAAUUUCCAUUUGUGCACUCAGGUCCUUGUUUAAAUGCUGUAAUUGAAGUCAUCAAGUUGAUUAAAUUUGUCAAUGCCUUAUAGGAUUUUGGAUCCAUUAAGUCUCCUCCUAGUCUUUACAGUUUAACACUGAAUCAGUUUUGUUUCUUUAUAGAUGGCAAAAUAAUUAAUAAGGUAAACUGAAACAUGGCAGUAAUUCCUCUCAAUAAAGCAACUGUGAAUCUCUAUGAUUGAUGUGUUGAAUUCAGAAGGCAAGACUGAGAAUUAUACAUCUUAAUACAGUAUACAGUAUGUAAAUGUUUCAUUGUUUCUUUCAUGUAAUUUCAAGGCAUCUCUUUAAUUUGAAAAAUAACAAUGCAGAGAAUGACUGGCCAAUACAAAAACAGGUGGACACAGGAGAAGCAUAAGAUUGUCAAAUAACAAGAGCAAGCUGUUUCAGCAGAAUCAGUGUGUAUUUUCAACUAUAACAAUGGCAACAGUCCAGUAUCUAUCUUAGCUGUUGCUCUUGUAGUCCCAUAUACCAAUAUAAAUAUGGGACUGGAUUUUCAGAAUUUCUAAGAUUUUGGAAACAAACAAUGAUCUAUGAG